UACCAUGUAAAUCUUAAUUGAAAAUAACAAAGAGUAUUGCAAGGAGUUCACUGUUGCUCGCAGACUAGUAGUGGCACAUGACACGCGGGAGGUUUGGAACGUUCUACUCCUACAUCACUGGUGGAUAAGCUUCUUCUAUGGUGGUUAGUCAAACAGAGCAGAGUCAUGCAGUGCCCCAUUGGGCAUUGUUGUAUGCAGUUGCACACAAUAUGCUUAGCUAUCAAAACAAAGUACAUUUCUUAUGCCAUUUGUAAAUUGUAAAUAAUAAUCAAGGGACAAAACUAUGUACUGUAAUUCCCCCAAAAUAUAUCGAAUUCUACCACUCAAAUCACAUCUACCUAUCCUAUAUAUAUGGCGACUCCACAUCCCCAACCACAGCACCAUCACCACCCUUUCUCCCGAAAUUACCAAAACACCAUCCACCACACCACCACGUUAUGCAUAACCAACACACACUCUUACUCAGAUUCCCCUCAUUGCCCUCUCACUCUCUAACCAUCCUUCACCGCACAACAAAGACAAAGCUCAACAGCACGAGAAGGAAACACACUCCCACUUCCUCCUUCAGAAGAAGCAAUUGGAUUGUCCCCAAAGCAAUGCACUGCACUUCUCUCUGUGGUGGUGGCAACGACAACAACAACAACAACGAUGCCUCUUUCCGCAACUUGAAUGAGUCCACUUUCCUGGCUUCUCUCAUGCCCAAGACAGAGAUUGGCGCCGAUCGUUUCCUCCAUUCUCACCCUGACUACGACGGUCGCGGUGCUCUCAUCGCUAUCUUCGAUUCUGGGGUAGACCCGGCUGCUGCUGGAUUACAGGUUACCUCAGAUGGGAAACCAAAAAUUAUUGAUAUUCUUGAUUGCACCGGGAGUGGAGAUAUUGAUACCUCAAAGGUGGUGAAGGCUGAUGCUGAUGGUUGUAUUUCUGGGGCUUCAGGGGCAUCUUUGGUUAUCAACACUUCAUGGAAAAACCCAUCUGGUGACUGGCAUGUGGGUUAUAAAUUGGUGUAUGAGCUCUUUACAGAAAACUUGACUUCUCGUUUGAAGAAAGAAAGAAAGAAAAAAUGGGAUGAGAAAAACCAGGAGGAAAUUGCCAAGGCCGUAAAACAGCUUACUGAUUUUGAUCAGGAACACAUCAAGGUGGAGGACGCUAAACUUAAAAAGGUUCGUGAAGACCUCCAGAAUAGGCUUGAUCUUCUGAGGAAGAAAUCUGAGAGUUAUGAUGAUAAAGGGCCUGCCAUAGAUGCUGUUGUCUGGUAUGAUGGAGAGGUUUGGAGGGUUGCUCUUGACACACACAGUCUUGAGGAUGAUCCAGAUUGUGGGAAGCUUGCUAACUUUAUACCCUUAACCAAUUAUAGGACUGAGAAGAAAUAUGGUAUCUUCAGCAAAUUAGAUGCUUGUACAUAUGCUGUGAAUGUCUAUAAUGAUGGAAAUGUCUUAAGCAUGGUAACAGAUAGCUCCCCUCAUGGAACCCAUGUUGCUGGUAUAGCUGCUGCAUUCCACCCAGAGGAACCUUUGUUGAAUGGAGUUGCUCCUGGAGCACAAUUAAUAUCUUGUAAAAUUGGGGACUCUCGCUUAGGUUCAAUGGAAACUGGAACUGGUUUGACUCGGGCACUGAUAGCUGCUGUGGAGCAUAAAUGUGAUCUUAUCAAUAUGAGUUAUGGUGAGCCUACAUCACUGCCAGACUAUGGACGGUUCGUUGACCUUGCGAAUGAAGCAGUAAACAAGCAUCGUCUGAUAUUUGUGAGUAGUGCCGGUAAUAGUGGGCCAGCAUUGAGCACUGUUGGUGCACCUGGUGGUACAUCUACAAAUAUUAUAGGUGUUGGAGCUUAUGUUUCUCCUGCUAUGGCAGCUGGUGCUCAUUGUGUUGUUGAGCCUCCUUCUGAGGGGCUUGAAUACACUUGGUCUAGCCGUGGACCAACAACUGAUGGAGAUCUUGGUGUCUCUGUAAGUGCUCCAGGUUGUGCUGUUGCUCCUGUUCCUACAUGGACUCUUCAACGGCGCAUGCUCAUGAAUGGGACAUCAAUGGCAUCUCCAUCAGCCUGUGGUGGAAUUGCAUUGCUCAUAAGUGCAAUGAAGGCUGAGGGAAUCCCUGUGAGUCCAUAUAGUGUGAGGAAGGCCCUUGAGAAUACAUCUAUUCCCAUAGGUGAUUCACCUGAGGAUAAAUUGUCCACUGGGCAAGGGCUUAUGCAAAUUGACAAGUGCUAUGAAUAUAUUCAGCAGUCUCAAAAUAUUCCGAGUGUUCAGUAUCAAAUAAACAUAAAGCAAUCUGGAAAAACAAAUCCUUCUUCACGGGGCAUCUACUUAAGGGAGGCUAAUGCUUGCCGACAACCCACUGAGUGGAUGGUGCAAGUUGAUCCAAAAUUUCAUGAAGAUGCCAACAAGCUUGAAGAAUUGGCUGUGUUUGAGGAGUGCAUUGAGUUACACUCUUCAGAUAAGACAGUUGUUAAAGCCCCCGAGUAUCUACUGCUCACUCAUAAUGGCCGCACCUUCAAUGUAUUUGUGGAUCCUACCAAUUUAAAUGAUGGUCUGCAUUAUUAUGAGGUCUAUGGUAUUGACUGCAAAGCACCAUGGCGUGGUCCUCUUUUCAGAAUUCCAAUUACUAUAACCAAGCCCAUGGCUGUAACUGACAGACCUCCUCAAGUUUCAUUUUCAAAGAUGUUAUUCCAGCCAGGCCAUGUACAGAGGAAAUAUAUAGAAGUACCACAUGGUGCAUCUUGGGUUGAAGCAACCAUGAAUGCAUCAAGUUUUGAUACAGCUCGAAGAUUUUUUGUGCACACAGUUCAGAUAUGUCCAUUGCAAAGACCCAUUACACGAAGGAAUGUGAUUAAUUUUUCUUCCCCUACUGCCAAAAGCUUCACCUUUAGGGUAGUAGGUGGUCAGACAUUGGAACUAGUCAUAGCUCAGUUUUGGUCCAGUGGCAUUGGGAGUCCUGAGACCACCAGCAUAGAUCUUGAGGUUGUGUUUCAUGGUAUAAAAGUUAAUAAAGAGGAAAUUGUACUUGAUGGGAGUGAAGCACCAAUCAGAAUUGAUGCUGAAGCGCUACUGGCAUCUGAGAAACUUGCACCUGUAGCUAUUUUAAAUAAGAUAAGGGUCCCAUAUCGACCAAUAGAUGCUAAGAUUAGUUCACUUUCAAGUGAUCGUGACAAACUCCCCUCUGGAAAACAGAUACUAGCAUUGACGUUAACAUACAAGAUCAAAUUGGAAGAUGGAGCUGAAAUAAAACCUCAAAUACCAUUUCUAAAUGAUCGGAUAUAUGAUACAAAAUUUGAGUCUCAAUUUUAUAUCAUUUCUGAUUCAAAUAAGAAAGUAUAUUCAAGUGGAGAUGCCUAUCCGAAUUCUACAAAACUACCCAAGGGAGAAUACAAUUUACAGCUAUAUUUGAGGCAUGACAAUGUGCAGGUUUUGGAAAAGAUGAAGCAGCUGGUGUUAUUCAUUGAGCGAAGUUUAGAAGAGAAGGAGAUCAUUUGGUUAUCCUUUUUCUCUCAACCAGAUGGUCCACUGAUGGGAAAUGAUUCCUUUAAGUCCUCAACGUUAGUUCCAGGUAUCAAAGAAGGAUUUUAUCUUGGUCCUCCAGCAAAAGACAAACUUCCUAAGAACUCUCUACAAGGAUCUGUAUUGGUGGGAUCAAUAUCAUAUGGGAAACUAUUAUUAGCUGGUCAAAGGGAUCGUAAAUAUCCUGAAAAGCAUCCUGUGCGGUAUCGGGUUUCUUACAUCAUUCCCCCAAAUAAGGUUGACGAGGACAAGGGAAAAAAAUCUUCCUCAUCUUCCAAGAAGACAGUUUCUGAACGCUUAGAAGAAGAGGUACGAGAUGCAAAAAUAAAAGUGCUUGGGGGUCUAAAACAAGAAAGUGAUGAAGAGUGCUUGGAAUGGAAGGAGUUGUCUGCCUCGCUCAAAACUGAAUAUCCAAAGUACAUUCCAUUGCUUGCCAAGAUUUUGGAAGGUUUAGUUUCUAGGAGUAGUAUCAAAGACAAAGUCCAUCAUGAUGAAGAGGUAAUUGAUGCAGCAAAUGAGGUUAUUGACAGUAUUGAUAGAGAAGAGUUGGCAAAAUUUUUUGCACUAAAAAAUGAUCCAGAAGAUGAGGAAGCCGAGAAAAUCAAGAAAAAGAUGGAAUCAGCCCGUGAUCAGUUGGCAGAGGCACUUUACCAAAAGGGGCUUGCACUGGCAGAAAUUGAGUCUUUAAAGGAGGUAGAUAAGUCAUUGGCUUCAGCUGCAACAGAAGUUGCAAAACAAGAUGUGGAGAAAACUGAUGAGCAAUCCAACGAUGAUGCUGUUCAUCCAGACUUGUUUUUAGAGAACUUCAAUGAACUGAAGAAAUGGGUUGAUGUCAAGUGCACAAAAUAUGGAAUCCUCUUGGUGACAAACGAGAGGCGUAAUCAAAGGCUUGGGACCGCACUGAAGGUACUCAGUGACAUUAUUCAAGAUGAUGCCGAGCCUUCCAAGAAGAAAUUCUAUGAACUAAAGCUCUCUUUGCUUGAGGAAAUUGGAUGGACGCAUUUUGCUGCAAAUGAGAGAGAAUGGAUGCUUGUGCGUUUCCCCCCAAGCUUGCCCCCAUUCUAGGCUCUUCCCAUUGUGAAGCUGUUGAACUGCAAUGCAAAGGAGCUGUGUGCUUUUCCUUGGUUAUUUGUAGCUAUGACAACAAUUCAUGCAACAUUAAAUUGACCAUUUUACUCCAACAAGCUCCCUGCUCAAUUGGCAGUUGCGUCAGCCUAAGUUGGAAGACUUAGGGUAUGAUGUUGAUGUUGAAGUUUCAAUUCUUUACCAAGCUACCUUUAUCCCCUCAUUAUCCAGGUGCUUGCAUACACUUCCUAUGCAAAAAAUAAAAGAAAACAAUAUGGCUUUUCUAGACAUCUUGUCAUUCUGUUGUAUAUGGUCCUAUGGAUAACCUUGCUGCAUUCAAGUGCCUGAUAAUCCUCGGGUGUGGAACACACAUCAAGGGAUGCUAAUCCCCUUUGACAUUAGUAAUUACAGAAUUAAGUUGGUUUUCAGUUUUCUUUUUAA